AUGGUACCGCUUCGCCAUGUUGUGUCAGCUGUUGAUAGCCCGGUGACCAAUAUUGCUAUUGUCCUGGAGCGCAUACUCAACCAAUGCCUGAAAUAUGUCCCAGCACAUCUGAAAAACACGCUGGAAGCACUGGAGGAUAUCCGGCAAGUGUAUCCCGACCUACAAGCCCCAGCGGGGACCAUCAUCGUUACAAUGGGCGUGGUCGCUCUUUACCCAAGUAUCCCUAUCGCUGAAGGGGUGGAGGCGGUUGCUAGAGUCCUGCAGCAGCACAUCGAGUCUGUUGACACAUUUGGUUUAAGCGUGGAGCAGAUCGAAGAGCUGUUAACCUUCGUUCUAAGAUCCAAUUAUUUCAGAUUUGGUGAGAAGGUCUACCACCAGAGGAAAGGCAUCGCCAUGGGUAACAACCUAGCGCCCCCGUUUGCGAUUAUCUUCAUGCAUGACCUCGAAACCUCGCUGUUGCUAAACUCGCCUGGUGCUCCCGUACUCUACAAGCGUUAUAUUGAUGACAUCAUUAUGCUGUGGACACUGGGGGCCGCGCUUCUCCGCCAGCUGAUUGCAUUCUUUAAUGCCGCCAAUGCGAGCAUCAAGUUCACGUAUCAAUCUUUGGAGUAA